CCGCCGGGGGCGUGGCUUCCGGCGCUCGCGCCCUUGAAUCGGGGUGGCCGGUCCGGCGCAGGCGGCGGCUGACAGGCGCUCCUCCUCCUGCUCCUCUCCCUUCUCGUUCUCCGCCUCUUCCGACGGCGCGGCUCGUGCCCAGGAGGACUGCCGGCCCCCGGCUCGCGGCCCUGCAAGGCGCCAGGGCCGCUCUGGGGGAUGGACGAGGGGAAGAUGGACGAGAAUGAAUGGGGGUACCACGGCGAGGGCAACAAGAGCCUGGUUGUGGCCCACGCGCAGCGUUGUGUGGUCCUGCGCUUUCUGAAGUUUCCUCCCAGUAGGAAGAAGGCCUCGGAAGAAGUAUUCCAGCACCUACAAAACAUAGUGGACUUUGGCAAAAAUGUCAUGAAAGAGUUUUUGGGGGAGAACUAUGUUCAUUGUGGGGAGGUGGUCCAGCUGCCUCUAGAUUUUGUGAAGCAGCUCUGCUUAAAGAUACAGUCCGAACGACCAGAAUCUCGCUGUGACAAGGACCUGGACACACUCAGUGGUUACGCUCUGUGCCUUCCCAAUUUAGCCAGACUUCAGACCUACCAUUUUGCCGAGCACCGGCCGAUUCUAUGUGUAGAGAUCAAGCCAAAAUGUGGGUUUAUUCCUUCCUCCAGUGCCGUGACGCACGAGAUGAAGCACAAGGUGUGUCGCUACUGCAUGCACCAGCACCUCAAGGUGGCAACUGGGAAGUGGAAGCAGAUCAGUAAAUACUGUCCCCUCGACCUCUACUCAGGAAAUAAGCGGAGAAUGUACUUUGCCUUGAAAAGCUUGUUGCAGGAGGCACAGAACAACCUGAAGAUAUUUAAGAACGGGGAGCUGAUUUAUGGCUGCAAGGACGCCCGCAGCCCCGCAGUUGACUGGCGUGAGCUGGCACAUCACCUGAAGCCCUUCUUCUACCCGUCCAACGGCCUGGCCAGCGGGCCCCACUGCGCGAGGGCCGUGAUCCGGGAGCUGGUGCGCGUCAUCACGCGGGUGCUGCUCAGUGGCUCAGACAAGGGCCGGGCAAGUGCCCUGAAGCUGGGGCCUGGGCCGCCAGGCCCUUGUGUCUGUGAAGCCAGCCCCUUCGGCAGGAGCCUGCGGCACCAAGGAAAAAGGAGCCCGGAGCACUCGGGGUUGCCGAAGGACUGUCUUCUGUACCAAACCCUUCAGGUGCAGAUGUUGGACCUGCUGGACAUCGAAGGCCUCUACCCUCUGUACCGACGGGUUGAGCGGUACCUGGAGGAGUUUCCUGAGCAGAGGAAAGCGUUGCAGAUCGAUGGGCCUUAUGAUGAAGCGUUUUACCAGAAGCUGCUCGACCUUUCCACAGAGGAUGAUGGGACAGUGGCCUUUGCGCUGACCAAGGUGCAGCAGUACCGGGUGGCCAUGACCGCGAAGGACUGCUCCAUCAUGAUCGCGCUCUCGCCCUGUCUGCAGGACGCCAGCUCUGACCAGAGGCCUGUGGUCCCCGCAUCACGAUCCAGGUUUGCCUUCUCCGUGUCUGUGCUGGACCUUGACCUCAAGCCCUACGAGAGCAUCCCGCACCAGUACAGACUGGACGGCAAGAUUGCCAGCUACUACUCGAAGGCGGUGCGCGCCCACGACGCCGCCGCGGCCGCCCGGCUCAAGGAGAGGGAGAGCGAGGACUGCACGCUCGUCCUCCGCAAGGUCUGACUUCCCUGAGGGCCGGGCCGCGGGGCGAGGGCCGGCAGCGCUCCGGGCGGGGCUGGCUGUGACUCGUUGCUUCUAACCCCUGCUCGGCCGCUGCUGGGACGGCAGGAGGGCCUGGCGCCUCGGGCAGCUUCCUCCCUGCCCACACUCACGUCUAAUCUCUUAACGCAAACACCGAUCGCAGGGCCCGGAAGGCGGGGCUCCUGCCACCAGACUCCCAGCACACGGACACGGACUGUCGCGGCUCUUCCAUUCGGCCUUCGAAGCUAACAGGGAUCCUGCCGGGACUUCCCCAGCGGAGCGGCCAGCCAGCACAGGCCGUGGCUCCUGCAGGUCAGGGCCCAGCGCAGGCGCCACCAGUGUGUGCGGGAGCAGCAGGGCCACGGGAGGCGGGUCGGGCAGACUCCAUCGUGCGAGCACCGACUCCUUUCCUUUCCUGAGUGGCGCCGCCCUGGCCUCUGCCCGGCCUCCCCGGGGCCCUGCAGCCGCCCGCGUGGUGCCCGGCGCCUCAGUGCGCCUGCGGGAGCGAGGGGCGGCCCCGCGGGCCCCCAGGCGCCAGGCUGCUGUGAACACGCGAGUCCUGAUGGCAGGUUCACGCCAUGUCAGUUGUACAGAUUAUUUAUAUCGUCGUUUUGAGGGAUUAAUAAAGGCUUAUUGUAAUAUAUUGUAAUGUUGGUGAAACUGUGGAAUUAUAUGAAAAUGUGACAUGAAAAAUAAGGAGAAUAUUUUGCUGAUUGUAAGUUUUUGUGGGGAAGUUUUGUGAUAACUUGAAAAUUACACUUGUUUGAAUUAC